UCGGUCAAUUUCUCUACCGACAAAAAAAACCGUACGAACGCUUAACGAUUUGGAACGUCCCGGGAUCCCCGCUGAAACAACUGCACCGUUGGAGAGAUUCAUUCAUCUGUGAUGCGAGCCAGCGAAGACUAAAAUUGACGGUUUUUCCACGCUGACGUAACAGAUAUUACAAUGCAACAAGAAUAGAUUUAGUCUUGGUUUCUGAGCGGUUAAAUACUACUGUACAGCGACCAGGGAGGGGGGGGGGCAGGAAAACAAUGAAGCACUUCAGGAACAUUAUCGACCUCGGCGCUACAUCAUCAACACGAUAACCACCUCAAUGCAACAUCAGUGGAUGGUGGAUUUGGGGAUUUAAUUUCAUGUCCAGCGGAACGGACUAGUUGCUGCUUGUGGAAGAUCUUCAUAUUGUAUUUUGUGGCAGGAGAGUUGCUGCUGCCCGGUGUCUCUGCUGCCCGGUGUCUCCCUCCUAUCCAAAACGUUGUUGUGAAUGAUCAAACAUGGCGACUGUACCAGUAUAUUGCAUCUGCAGAUUACCGUACGACGUUACUCAGUUUAUGAUCGAGUGUGAUGCCUGCAAGGACUGGUUUCACGGAAGCUGUGUUGGUGUGGAUGAGGACGAGGCUCCAGACAUUGACAUCUACCACUGUCCCAACUGUGAGAAGACAGAUGGAAAAUCCACCAUGAAAAACAAGAAAAGAAAUAAACACGACACGGGACAGAGAGGAGACGUCAAAGCUGUUCAGAACGGCAGUCAGGUGUUCAUCAAGGAGCUACGCAGUCGCACCUUCCCCAGCUCUGAGGACAUUGUGGUGAAGCUGAACGGCAGUCAGCUGACGAUGGACUACCUGGAAGAGGUUGGUUUUAACGAGCCGAUCCUGGUUCUGAAGAAGGACGGUCUGGGGAUGUCCAUGCCCUCUCCUACCUUCUACAUCAAUGAUGUGGAGAACCAUGUUGGGCCAGACAUCGGUGUGGAUGUGAUAGAUGUGACCAAGCAGAAAGACAGUAAAAUGAAGCUGAAGGAGUUUGUAGAUUACUACUUCAGCACCAGCAGGAAGAAAGUAUUAAAUGUUAUCAACCUGGAGUUCUCUGACACACGGAUGGACAGUAUAGUGGAGAGCCCUCAGAUUGUGCGGAGGUUGUCGUGGGUAGAGAACUACUGGCCAGACGAUGCUCUCCUGGGGAAACCUAAAGUCACUAAGUACUGUCUGAUCGGUGUUAAAGACAGCUACACUGACUUCCACAUCGAGUGUGGAGGGGCCUCCGUAUGGUACCACGUACUCAAGGGAGAGAAGAUCUUCUUCCUGAUCAAGCCCACGUCAGCCAACCUAUCGUUGUACGAGCGCUGGAGGUCCUCAGCCAAUCACACAGAGAUGUUCUUCGCCGACCAGGUGGACAAGUGUUACAAGUGUACUCUGAAGCAGGGACAGACCCUAUUCAUACCAUCAGGUUGGAUCAAUGCAGUUCUGACUCCAGUGGACACGCUGGCCUUUUCCGGACACUUUGUCCACAACCUGAGUGUUGAGAUGCAGAUGAGAGCGUACGAGGUGGAGAAGCGUCUCAAGGUGAAUUGUCUAACUCCGUUCCCCAACUUUGAGACUGCCUGCUGGUACGUGGGCCGACACCUGCUGGAGAGAUUUAAAGGUCUACACAAGGCCAACAGACAGCCAGCUGGCUACCUGAUCCAUGGAGCUAAGAUCAUCAACGGCGCUUUCAGGACCUGGACUAAGAAACAGGCUCUGUUAGAACACGAGGAUGAACUUCCAGAAAACAUGAAGCCCACUCAGCUCAUCAAGGACCUGGCCAAGGAGAUCAGGAUCUCAGAGCACCUCCACCAGCCGAAGCUAAGCAGUAACAUUAACAUGAGGCUUUAUCUGGAUGUGGUUCGUCAGGACCUCCACCAGCCGAAGCUAAGCAGUAACAUUAACAUGAUGCUUUAUCUGGACGUGGUUCGUCAGGACCUCCACCAGCCGAAGCUAAGCAGUAACAUUAACAUGAUGCUUUAUCUGGAUGUGCACCUCCACCAGCCGAAGCUAAGCAGUAACAUUAACAUGAGGCUUUAUCUGGAUGUGGUUCGUCAGGACCUCCACCAGCCGAAGCUAAGCAGUAACAUUAACAUCAUGCUUUAUCUGGACGUGGUUCGUCAGGACCUCCACCAGCCGAAGCUAAGCAGGGAGGAGAGUGUGAGCGUCCUCGUCUCCUGUCUGACGGGACGAGCCCUGGAGUGGGCUAACGCAGUGUGGAAUGGCCCAGACUCGGCGAGGGAUCACUACCUCGAGUUGCAGGUGAACGGCUGUUCCGGCCCUGGAGUUCCGGACCAUGGCCGCAGGAGCGGGGUGGAACGACAGGGCUUUAAUAGACCACUAGUAGCCUCAGAGAGGACGUCCGCAGGCAGCUAG